GUUACAUUAUACAAAAGUAUUUAUCAAUUGAACUUCUGAUAAUAUAUUUAGUAUGCUCCGUUCUAAAUUAUCAUCACUUCGGGAAUACCUUACCCCUAUCAAUCAUAGUUCUAAUUUUGCCACUACCGGUGAAAUCUCACCAGAAGAAUUUGUUCAAGCUGGAGAUUAUUUAGUUUAUAAAUUUCCUACUUGGCAGUGGCUGCUGGCACCUGAGAAACUCCGGAAGGACUUUUUACCGCACGAUAAACAAUAUUUAGUGACAAAGCAUGUGCCUUCGUAUCAGCGAUGUGCGCUGUAUUUAGGAGUGGAUGAGAAUGGUGAAGAUGAAGAAGAAGAAAUUGAAGAAGAAAUCGAUGGAGAUGGAUGGGUCAAAUCUAAACGUGUAGAAAAGGUCAGUAAAGAUGAUCUCGUACAAGAUCUUGAAGGUGGACAAGAUAUUGAUGAUUUAAUUGAUGAAACUGCCGAGGGGGGCGAUGAUGAUGAAGAUUAUGAUCAAGAUGAUGACUUUCAACACCUUGGAUCGAACAACAACUCGUCAUUAAGGAAGUAUGAUCUUUAUAUCACCUAUUCAACUUCAUAUAGAGUGCCCAAGCUUUAUCUUGUGGGGUUCAAUUCUAAUGGGAUCCCGUUGUUACCGCAGCAAAUGUUUGAAGACAUUUCGGGUGAUUAUCGUGAUAAAACGGCAACCAUUGAAAGCUUGCCCGUUUCCUACAACACCACGUCAGUAUCGAUUCAUCCUUGUAAACAUUCAUCUGUGAUGAAGGUUUUGAUGGCCCAUGUGAAAAGAAGAGGUGGUGAAGGUGAAGAGACCACCGAGGAUGAACAACCUCUGAUUAGAGUUGAUCAAUAUCUAAUCAUCUUUCUUAAGUUUAUUGCAAGUGUUACUCCUGGGAUUGAAUAUGAUUACACUAUGGAUGCUCUAUAGAAUAAGAC